AUGAACCAUUUAUUUUUACGCUUGACUUCAGAUGGCUCAGGUAGCUCUAUAAGGUCAAUUGUCUUGUCCGAGUCCUUCUGGCAUUCCGAGUCCUUCCAUCCGACAAGAAAAGUCCUUCCUUCCGACAGGAAAAAGUUCUUCCCGACAACUGGAAAAAAAUUUCCCGACAACUGGAAAAAAAUUUCCCGACAACUGGAAAAAAAUUUCCCGACGACAGGAAAAAAAUUUCCAGUUGUCCGUCCGUAA